AUGGAGGAGACGAAAGGCACGGCCGCCGCUGCCGUCGCCGCAGCCGAAGAGCACCACGAGUUGGUCCCUGAAAUCGGUGAUCAUCUGAUGGUUAAACGAUCGGACAAUACGUGGCGUAAGACUAAGAUAUUUGUGAUGCUCCCGAAGUUAGCUGCAGACCUGCUUACCCAUGGAAACGAACGCUUCGACAACUAUAAUACGGCGGCCAACGGUUCCGCCUCCGCAGAUGGUGUCGUCAAACCGGAGGCCGCAAAGCCCGCCACUCCAGGAGUUGAAACGCCCGCCAAAGGGGCGCAUAUUUGCUGUAAUAACGACACGAUUGAUGGGACGGACAGAAAAAUUACGCGCAAUCAGAAGCGAAAACACGAUGAGAUUAAUCACAUCCAGAAGACGUUGGCAGAGAUGGAUCCGACGACCGCAGCCCUCGAGCGCGAACACGAGGCCAUCACGAAAGUGAAAUACGUUGACCGCAUUCAGUUCGGGAGGUAUGAGAUCGACUGCUGGUAUUUCUCACCCUUUCCCGAAGAGUAUGGAAAGCAACCCAAACUCUGGAUCUGCGAGUAUUGUCUGAAAUACAUGCGACUCGAGAAGACCUAUCGCUACCAUCAGUCGGACUGCUGUUGGCGUCAACCGCAGGGCCGAGAGAUAUACCGCAAGUCGACGAUCUCUGUGUACGAAGUGGACGGCAGAGACCAUAAGAUCUACUGUCAGAAUCUGUGUCUAUUGGCCAAACUGUUUCUCGACCACAAGACACUGUUCUUCGAUGUGGAACCGUUCAUAUUCUACAUCCUGUGCGAAGUGGACAAACACGGGGCGCAUAUUGUGGGCUACUUCUCGAAGGAGAAAGAGUCGCCCGACGGCAACAACUUGGCCUGCAUUCUGACACUCCCUCCCUAUCAGCGCAAAGGUUACGGCAAGUUCUUAAUCGCCUUCAGUUACGAACUCUCAAAACUGGAACAAUCUGUGGGUUCGCCGGAGAAACCGCUCUCGGAUUUGGGAAAACUGAGUUAUAGGAGCUAUUGGUCGUGGAUUCUGUUGGAGAUUCUGCGCGACUUCCGCGGUGUGCUCUCCAUCCGCGACUUGAGUUGUAUGACUUCAAUCACGCAAAACGAUAUCAUCGGCACUCUUCAGUCGCUCAAUAUGGUUAAGUACUGGAAGGGACAGCACGUGAUUUGUGUCACACCAAAGCUCGUUGAGGAGCACUUGAAGAGCGCUCAGUACAAGAGGCCGCGGCUUACCGUUGAGAACAAUUGUCUUCGUUGGUCUCCACCCAAAAAACAGAGCAAAUCCGGCAAAAAAUGA